GAAAGUUUUGAAUAUCUUUUGGUAGAUUGUAAACGCCCGGUUCACUUUUACUGGUGGCGUGGUGAAGAAAUCAUUGCUCAUGGUCAUCGGAAAGGUCGAGUUGAUGCUGUGAGAUACCAAAUAAAUGAUACACCACACAACCAGAUUCGAAUGUCCAAACAGCUGCCAGAGUUUGUGCCGCUGGAUUAUUCUGUACCUAUAGAAAUUCCUGUUAUGAAUUGUAAGCCAGACAAACUUCCAUUAUUCAAACGACAAUAUGAAAAUGCCAUAUUUAUUGGCUCAAAGACAGCGGAUCCGUACUGUUAUGGUCAUACCCAGUUUCACCUGUUAUCAGAAAAAUUAAAUAGGGAAAGACUCCUGAGGCAAAACUGUGCUGAUCAGAUAGAAGCUGUUUAUAGAGCUAAUGCUAUCGCAAGCCUUUUUGCUUGGACUGGAGCACAAGCUAUGUAUCAAGGAUUCUGGAGCGAAGCAGAUGUCACUCGACCUUUUGUCUCUCAGGCCGUGAUCACAGAUGGAAGAUACUUUUCUUUUUUCUGCUACCAGUUAAAUACUUUGGCACUGACUGCACAAGCUGAUCAGAAUAACAGUCGUAAAAAUAUAUGUUGGGGGACGCAAAGUAAGCCUCUUUAUGAGACAAUAGAAGAUAAUGAUGUGAAAGGUUUUAACGAUGAUGUUCUACUACAGAUAGUUCACUUUCUAUUGAACAGACCACAAGAAGACAAAUCACCGCUGUUGGAAAAAUAAGAAGAAACAUUUGACUCAGGACUUUGGGAACCCUUAGAUUUUACUGAAGCAACAAUAAAAAGAAUUUUAAUGACAAGACUUGUGUCUGCCACAUAUUAAAUGCACUGAUUUUGAGACAA